UGUGUGUUUUGGAUCUUUGUCAUGUUGGAGACGUGUACGACGACCAAGGGCACGGAGUGAUGGUAGCAUCUUCUCUUUCAAUAUUGAGCAGUAGAUCUGUGAAUUCAUGAUACCAUCAAUGAAAUGCAGAUCCCCGAUACCAGUAACACUCAUGCAAACCCCACAGAAGGAUACUGCCACCACCAUGUUUCACUGUAGACAUCAUGCAUUUUUCUUUGUACUCCUUGUGACAGAUGCGGGAUCGCUUCCACCAAUUCCUCACCUUUGCAAUGCCCAUCAGUCCAGAGUACAGAGUCCCAGUAGUCUUCUUUUUUUCACCAUAGGCCCUGGCAAAUUCUAGGCAGGCUUUUUUGUGGAUAGGCUUUAGGAGAGGCUUCCUUCAUGGACAAUACCCAUGCAUGCCAUUCCUCUGCAGUGUACGCCGUAUUGUGUCACAGGAAACAGUCAUUCCAGUUUGGCUGUCUACUUCUUUAGCUAACUGCAGUGAACUUGCAUGGUGAUUUUCUUCAACCCUUCUCAU